UGUACACGCGCAGCUCCUCGGCUUCGUUAGACCGGAAGGCCCUCUGCCCUUUCCUGAAGGUCCAGGGAACGAACGUCAUCUGCCACCACUGGAGGCCCAAGACCCCAGAAGUUAAUCUCACCAACCGUAGCGGGGUGAAAGCAAAUUGAAAAGGCUGCCCAGGACGCCCACCUGACCCCAAGUGUCCCUCAACCGGAAGUGAUUUUCUCCUCUUCCUCCUCCCACCCACGGUUAAGAAGGGAGGAGAAGGGCAGCCAGGUCUGGCCCGGCAUGCCUCGGGCUUCCGGUGACCUCUGGCCCUUUUCUGUCGCACGCUCUGCUUCCUAGCGUGCUCGCUCGCUCACUGCCUUCCCUUCCUCCGGUUUUCCUUCGCGCACUACCUGGUGACUGUGGCGCCCGCGACCGGCAGAGAGGCGGUGGCGGAGGACACCCGUCAUGGCCGCCUCUAAACCUAUAGAGGCGGCGGUGAUCGCUGCGGCUGCGCCCGGCUCCGGGAGUGGGGUGGGCGGCGGCGGAGGUGCGACCGCGGGCCCGGGCGCUGGGGGCCUGCCGCGAUGGCAGCUGGCCCUGGCGGUCGGGGCGCCCCUGCUGCUGGGCGCGGGUGCCAUGUACCUGUGGAGUCGGCAGCGACGGCGCCGAGAGGCCGGGGGCCGAGGCGAAGCCGGCGGCCAGAAGCGCCACAGUGAGCGGAAGACCCCGGAGGGCAGGGCCAGUCCGGCCCCGGGCAGCGGACACCCCGAAGGCCCCGGUGCUCACCUGGAAAUGAAUUCUCUUGAUAGAGCCCAAGCAGCCAAGAACAAAGGCAACAAAUAUUUUAAAGCAGGAAAAUAUGAACAAGCUAUUCAGUGCUAUACUGAGGCCAUCAGCUUGUGCCCUACAGAGAAGAAUGUUGACCUUUCCACGUUUUAUCAAAACAGAGCUGCUGCCUUUGAACAGUUGCAAAAAUGGAAAGAGGUGGCACAAGAUUGUACAAAGGCUGUUGAACUUAAUCCCAAAUAUGUGAAAGCUCUCUUUAGACGUGCAAAAGCCCAUGAGAAACUAGACAAUAAGAAGGAAUGCUUAGAAGAUGUCACUGCUGUGUGUAUAUUAGAAGGGUUCCAAAAUCAACAAAGUAUGCUGUUAGCUGAUAAAGUUCUUAAACUUCUUGGAAAAGAGAAAGCCAAAGAAAAAUACAAGAACCGUGAACCUCUGAUGCCAUCUCCACAGUUUAUCAAAUCUUACUUCAGUUCCUUCACGGAUGACAUCAUCUCGCAGCCCCUGCUCAAAGGAGAGAAGGCGGACGAAGAUAAAGACAAGGAGGGGGAGGCUUUGGAGGUGAAAGAAAGUUCUGGAUAUUUAAAGGCCAAACAGUAUAUGGAAGAAGAAAACUAUGAUAAAAUCAUAAGUGAAUGCUCAAAAGAAAUAGAUGCUCAAGGCAAAUACAUGGCAGAAGCUUUAUUACUACGCGCCACCUUCUACCUGCUCAUUGGCAAUGCCAACGCAGCCAAACCAGAUUUGGAUAAGGUCAUCAGCUUGAAAGAAGCUAAUGUGAAGCUUCGAGCAAAUGCUCUCAUCAAACGAGGCAGCAUGUACAUGCAACAGCAGCAGCCUUUGCUGUCCACUCAGGAUUUUAACAUGGCUGCUGAUAUCGACCCUCAGAACGCAGACGUGUAUCACCACCGAGGACAGCUGAAAAUACUGCUGGAUCAAGUCGAAGAAGCAGUGGCAGAUUUUGAUGAAUGUAUUAGGUUAAGACCUGAGUCUGCUCUGGCACAAGCUCAGAAAUGUUUUGCAUUGUAUCGCCAGGCAUAUACGGGAAGCAAUUCUUCACAAAUCCAAGCAGCUAUGAAAGGCUUUGAAGAAGUCAUCAAGAAAUUUCCCAAGUGUGCUGAAGGCUAUGCACUAUAUGCCCAGGCAUUAACAGAUCAACAACAGUUUGGUAAAGCUGAUGAAAUGUAUGAUAAAUGUAUUGAUUUGGAACCAGAUAAUGCCACAACAUAUGUUCAUAAAGGUUUACUUCAACUUCAGUGGAAGCAAGAUCUGGAUAGAGGUUUAGAGCUUAUCAGCAAGGCUAUUGAAAUUGACAAUAAAUGUGACUUCGCAUAUGAAACCAUGGGAACUAUUGAAGUGCAAAGAGGAAACAUGGAAAAAGCCAUUGACAUGUUCAACAAAGCUAUUAACCUGGCCAAGUCGGAAAUGGAGAUGGCUCAUUUAUACUCACUCUGUGAUGCUGCCCACGCCCAGACAGAAGUUGCAAAGAAAUAUGGAUUAAAACCACCAACAUUAUAAAAUAUGGGGGAAGGAAAAUGACCCUCUUUUUAGAAGUUUACCCCCUCUCCAACUGAACCCUAAAGACACUGUCAUGAACGUGUUGAAUGGUGGAACUUAGUAUUUCCGUUUGUGCUGUGGUCAUUGUCACACCUGUUUCUCAGUUAGGUGUUGUGGGAGUGGCCGUGGGAGGAAGUGUGCAGUGUUGCAGCUUUUAUUCCGUAUGCAACAGGAGCUUAGAACUUGUUAAAGGGAUGUCAAAAUAAAGUUGCAAAGAGUACAAAUGAUAAUUGGCCAUGCAAAUAAACACUUUGAUUUGGCUUUUUGUUUGAGGAGGGUGGGAGGGAUGGUUAUUCUCUGGAUGAUUUUGUCUGUGCGUGUGUGUUCGUGUUUUUAAUAUAUAUGAGUAUUUUACAGCAUGUUGGUUUUUAAAUUAACAUAGCAAGUGCUGUAAAAUAGGUUUCUUUUAGAUUUGAUUAAUCCCUUUUAGUUGUUUUUGAAGGAAACAAAGCUUAUGUGGGGAUUUUGUUUUUAAGGCAGCAAAAUUGAGACCCUUUAAACUACUGUCAGCAUGCACAGUGCCUCUGAUUCUGCUCAACGUUAGACUCAGGGGCAACUCUUAAGCCACCUGACCCUCAACUCUACUGAAUAAUGUACAUUAUUCUUAAAGUGUACAACAGCUGGUUUUCAUACAAUUAUGCAGAAGCAAAUACUCUGACUGAUGUAUGUGCUGGAAGACUGUGUAUUAAUGGGAGUGGACCGGGUAAGAGGUGAGGUGACAUGUAAAUGUUUUUAUAAUGGCCCAUAGCUAUUUUCUGUAGUAGGUACCACUUAAUGUACUUUUUAAAGAAAAUACAGGUUGGUAUCACUUCAUAGUGUACUUUUUAAAGAAAAUGCAGGUUGGUUUUAUGUAUAAAGAUGGAGUAAGUGUAAUAUGUGGGAGUAUUUAAUUAGCUUGAAAUUUCUAGUGAAGAAAAUGUGGCUAAAGGUUCAAAAAAGAUGUAAGUCGUGGAGUCAGAAGCACAGAAUUUCCUGAAGUGACAAGUUUAGUGCUUCAACUAUGUUUAAAUGUGCUUAAGGAAUUUUGAGCCCGUAUUUUCAAAGAUGCUGAGGACACGUGGAAUGCUUUUUAAUUUUGAGCUAGCCUUGGUCUCCAAGGAUGACCGGCUGCCCAUGCCCCGGUCUUCACUGGGGCUACUGUCAGGUCUUUGUUUUGUUCAUUUUAUUUUUACCUCGUCUUCUUAGAAAUCAUUUCAUGGUGUUUCUGUUUCCUCCAGUUGUCACUUUUGUAGACCAUCCUUUCGCUGAUUAGCUGCAUUUUUCUGGUGGUUGUAUUCUUAAGGGGUCUCUUAAGAAUGAGAUAUUUGGGGUGGGGGACAGGUUUAUUUAAGCCUAAGAAUAAUACUUUUCUGGAAAUGAAAUCUAAAUGAAAUCUUAGAGUUUACAUUGUUGGGCGUAAAGGAGCAUUUUACCCCUCUUUAAAAGGGUGCUUUAUCCUAUUGAAACCAAAAAGAUUUUGUCUACAAAUGCUAUCUUUUUAGAAACUAUUAGAAAUGCCUCCCUUCCAAAGUCAGAGUCUGGAAAAUAUAGAGGGGGCGUCUAACUAAUUAGCAGGGGCAGUUAACAUAAUCUGACUUGGAUAAUGGAAAUAUGAGAGCUCUGCAUUUUAGUUCUUCAAUUAUGUACCUACAAUAACCCCUAAAUACAUUCUGUACCACUGAAUAACCUCUGACUUAAAAGUUUUUAUUUGCAUGGCUGUAUUUACAUUAACAGAUAUUUUCUCCUCUUCUCCUCCCCUACCCUUUGGGGUUGGGUAGAACACACAAAGGAAAUUGAAGCAUGUACCAUUCAAUACUGUCAUUCCAAAUCCUCACGGACUAUUGCCUGUUCUGAAAAGUAUUUGAACCUGCACUGAAAGCUGCAUCUGUCUGUAUCUUCUUUUGUAAAUGACCUCACAUGUAAAUUCACCAAAUAAAUAUUACAUUCAAGCUUUUC